CGCAGCAGGUCUGAGCAGGCUCUCAGAGCGCGGCUACAGACGGGAGCUAAUAUAAACGUGGUGCCCUUCACUCGGGGCUAUCAGGGGCUAAGAAAACAGCGCUACCUCUGCCACUGACCUCCGGCGCUUCAAAGAGCCAGCGGGACGCGCUGAUCCGUCCCAUGUAGAGCGGCCAGCGGCCAUGGCCACGCUGGAGGGCUGCCGCUGCCGGAGCAACAACAGCAUCCUCUACAGCAUUCUGAAGAGUGACAGCCUGGCGACCACCGAGCAGCAACAGCAACAACACCCCCAACAACAACUGCAACACUUGCUCCACAAGACCCCCCUCCCGUCCACCGCCGCCCCAGCCUCCCUGCAGGAGCUCCGGCAGCAGCCGUGCUCCUGCGGCUCGACGCGCCGCCGAGGCGUCCUGCGCUCCCCGCAGGUGACGUGCAAAGCCGCCUCGGCGGUUCUGGUGAAGACGCUGCGCUUCGUGAAAAACGUGCCCUGCUUCCGCGAGCUGCCGGAGGACGACCAGCUGAUGUUGAUCCGGAGCUGCUGGGCGCCGCUGCUCGUGCUGGGACUCGCGCAGGACCGGGUGGACUUUGAGACCACGGAGACGGUGGAGCCCAGCAUGCUGCAGCGCAUCCUCACCGGAGUGCCGGACCGGCAGAGCGAGGCGCUGGCCGGCCAGAGCAGCAGGGGGGCGGCCGGGGUGUCCGUGGUGGAUAUCGAGGCUAUCAAAGCGUUCCUGAAGAAGUGCUGGAGUGUGGACAUCAGCACGAAGGAGUACGCGUACCUGAAGGGAGCUGUGCUGUUCAACCCAGAUGUGGAGGGUCUGCGCUGCCUCCACUACAUCCAGUCCCUGCGUCGGGAGGCGCACCAGGCUCUGAACGAGCACGUCCGGCUCAUCCACCGCGAGGACACGACGCGCUUCGCCAAACUCCUCAUAGCCCUGUCCAUGCUGAGGGCCAUCAGCCCGCCGGUGGUCGCUCAGCUCUUCUUCAGACCCGUUAUAGGGGCCGUCAACAUCGAGGAGGUGCUCAUGGAGAUGUUCUACGGGAAGUAGGCCACGAUCCAGAGAGCAGUGUGGGGCUGAGGUGGAUCCAGCAGAUCCAGGACUGAUGAUAAAAAUGCUCCGAGCCCUAACUGGGUUUAGGAGGUGAAGGCAGAUGGAGAGGAUGUAUUAGGGACUGAGGUUAAAGAUCGAUGUCGGAGAUCUUCAAGGGACUGUGAAAUGACCAACACAGGCAAGAGAGAGAGAGAGAGAGAGAGAGAGAGAGAGAGAGAGAGAGAGAGAGAGAGAGAGAGAGAGAGAGAGUGUGUGUGUGAGUGCGUGUGUGUGUUCAUGAGAGAAAGACAGAGUGUUGAGAGCAGAAUAUGUCAUAACAGGAAAAACACAAAGCAGCUGCUGGAAUUCAUAACUUAUUUGUUUUUAUAUAAACUAUUUUUCUAUAAUAAAAAAAUACUCCAAAGUGUU